AUGACCUUAGGCCCAGUAGUAACAGGUACAUCCGUGAUAGCUAUAAAAUACAAACACGGUAUAAUGAUUGCUGCAGAUAGAAAAGCUAGCUAUGGUAGUUAUGCAAAAUUUCAGAAUGUCGAAAGAAUUUUUAAAAUAAAUAAUAAGACGGUUAUGGGUUUUAGUGGUGAGCUAGCUGAUGCUCAAUAUUUGCAUGAGUUACUUACACGUAAGAAUAUUAAUAAUUUAAGUGAGAAGAAAAGAAAAGAAGAUAUGUAUACACCGCAACAUUACCAUUCGUAUGUAAGUAGAGUAUUUUAUGUUAGAAAAAAUAGGAUAGAUCCCUUAUUUAAUAAUAUAAUUAUAGCAGGAAUAAAUUCACAAAAAUAUGAUAAUAAUGAUGAUAAUGUUUUAUUAUAUACAAAUAAAAAAAAUGAUGAUGAACAUAAUGAAUAUAAAAACAAUGAAGAAUAUAAAGAAAUUCAUAAAGAUGAUUUAUAUAUUGGAUUUGUAGAUAUGCAUGGAACAAAUUUUUGUGAUGAUUAUAUUACUACAGGAUAUGCUAGAUAUUUCGCUCUUACAUUAUUAAGAGAUCAUUAUAAAGAUAAUAUGACAGAAGAAGAAGCACGAAUAUUAAUAAAUGAAUGCUUAAGAAUUUUAUACUUUAGAGAUGCUACUUCAUCCAAUUUUAUACAAAUCGUUAAGGUUACAAGUAAAGGUGUUGAAUAUGAAGAACCAUAUAUUCUUCCAUGUGUAUUAAAUUCAGCUGAUUAUGUCUACCCUUCAACAUUACUUCCACCUGCUGGAUGUAUGUGGUGA